AUGUCGCUGCCCGUGGGCGUGCCCGCGGCCCGCCGUGCACUCAUCUGCGACCCCGAGUUGUCCCGUGUUUGGAAUUACCCAGUUCAAAGUCAUUUCACCUGUGAUGAAUUACGACUGACAUGCUUAUAUGUGUAUGUGCACGCGGAGAAUCUUCACAGCCACGGGGAGCAAAAGCAAACCCCGAGCGAAGGCGGCGGCCACGGAGGAACGGGCAACGAGGCGGCGCUGCUUUGGGCGGCGAUCGAGAGGUCCCCGACGUACAGCCGCAUGAGGAAGGGCAUACUCGCCGGCGACGAUGGCCAUGUGCAGCAGGUCGAUGUCCAGCGCCUCGGGAGGCAGGAGAAGAAGAACCUCGUCGACCGGCUGCUAUGCACCGCUGAUGUUGAGGAUAAUAGCAGAGUUGGGAUGGACAACCCGACGAUUGAAGUUCGUUUUGAGAGCUUGAGCGUAGAAGCCGAGGCACCUGUGGGUAACCAGAGUGUUCUGACAUUCCUCAACUUCUUCUCCAACAGAAUCAUGGCUGUGUUGAACGCUAUGCAUAUCAUUCCUACUAAAACAAGGCCCAUCUCUAUCCUUGGUGACAUUAGUGGGAUAAUUAGGCCCUGCAGAAUGACUUUGUUGCUUGGAUCUCCUGGAUCUGGUAAAACUAGCCUACUCCUAGCUUUGGCAGGGAGACUUGAGUCAACUCUGAAGGUCACUGGUACUGUAACUUACAAUGGGCAUGGCAUGAAUGAGUUUGUCCCUCAGAAGACAUCAGCUUACAUUGGGCAGGACGAUGUUCAUAUCGGCGAACUGACAGUCAGGGAAAUAUUGGCCUUCUCUGCAAGGUGUCAAGGAGUUGGAACACGAUAUGACAUGAUUGCAGACCUCUCAAGAAGGGAAAAAGAAGCCAAUCUUAUACCAGAUCCUAAUAUUGAUGUUUACAUGAAGGCUAUCUCUGUGGAAGGUCAGGAGCGUGCGAUCACAGAUUAUACCCUAAAAAUUCUGGGCCUAGAAACCUGUGCAGACACAAUGGUGGGAGACACCAUGAUUAGAGGUAUCUCAGGAGGACAAAAGAAGCGUCUCACAAUCGGAGAGAUGCUUGUUGGUCCAGCUAAAGCAUUCUUAAUGGAUGAGAUUUCAAAUGGUCUCGACAGCUCUACAGCAUACCAGAUUAUAAAUACCAUUAGGAACUCUAUCAAAAUCCUUGGUGGCACCGCACUCAUUGCGCUGCUUCAACCACCACCUGAGACUUAUGAACUCUUCGAUGACAUUGUUCUUUUAUCAGAGGGCCAAAUUGUGUAUCAGAGUCCACGAGAAAACAUUCUUGAGUUCUUCGAAGCUGUAGGCUUCAAAUGUCCAGAGAGGAAAGGUGUGGCAGACUUCUUACAAGAAGUCACAUCUAGGAAAGAUCAGCACCAGUACUGGUGCCAAGGAGAGAAACCACACCAGUACAUCUCGGUCAACAAUUUUGUAGAGGCAUUCAAAGCAUUCCAUGUUGGGCGUAAGCUGGCGGAAGAGCUUAGUGUGCCCUUUGAUCGAUCCAGAAGCCAUCCAGCUGCGCUCGCAACAUCAGAGUAUGGCAUCAGAAAGAUGGAGCUUCUGAAGGCAUGCUUCUCUAGGGAGUGGUUGCUGAUGAAAAGGAACUAG